GAUUUAUCUUUAGCUGUUACGGCGAACGACGCGGCCUAGUUGAGGUGUUUUUCUACGUCUUGCAUAAAGAGCGUCGUUGGGCUUGGAGGACGUCCAGUAUAGUCUGUUUAUUGGGAAUGAUGGUUAUAUUUGUUUCAUAAAUCUAACAAUAAUAUAAUAAUAAUGAAAUAACCAUGCGCCCGCAAAAGUAACUCUUGCCUCCCCUCUGGACGACUGGCGAGAGCCCCACGGUGCUCGAGCAGAGGUGACGGUGGACCGUAUAGCCCCGGAUUCGCAAGGGGCAACCUCACAUAUGCGUGACUGGUUUCAGGAGCAGACAGGCGAACCGUAACCCACACUCACCCAUGUGUGCUGUGUGCCCCCCACACCUGGCCAAGCGCCAUGCCUGACCGGGACAGUGCCUACCUGUCAGGCGGUGGUGGAGGAGGCAGCGGGGCUGGAGUUGGGCUUGGUGUGGGGGAGGAAGGGGCAGGGGCAGGACUGGUUGGGGGGGCGGGAGAAGGCAGAGGUGCAAGCGGGGGAGGCACUGGGGGUUGUGGAGGGGGAGGUGCUGGGGUUGGGGGUAUGGGAGGAGGCGGGGCACUAGGGAAUGGGACUAGCUGUGGGGCCGGGAGCAAUGGCGGCCUGGGCUCGGGGGUGGGCUUGGACGGCGUCUGCCGGGACUUCCUGCGGAAUGUGUGCAAGCGGGGGAAGCGCUGCCGCUUCCGGCACCCGGACUUCAGCGAGGUGCCCGACCUCGGCGUGCAGAAGAACGAGUUCAUCUUCUGCCACGACCACCAGAACAAGGAGUGUGUGCGCUCCAACUGCCGCUUUGUGCACGGCUCCAAGGAGGACGAGGACUACUACAAGAAGACGGGCGAGCUGCCCCUGCGUCUGCGCGGGAAGGUGGCGGCCGGCCUGGGCCUCUCCCCCACGGACCUGCCGCUGAGCCGCGGGGAGGUGCCCAUUUGCCGGGACUUUCUCAAGGGCGAGUGCCAGCGAGGGAAUAAAUGUAAAUUCCGGCACGUCAAGAAGGACUAUGAGUAUGAUGCAUCCCGGGGAGGGGUUGGGGGUGUCAUGGGCACGGGAGUCAGCGGGAUGGUGAGUGUGGGUGGUGUUGGGGGGGGUGGGGUAGGUGUGGGCGGUGGCAUGUCGGGGUUGGUGGGUGGGGGUGGUAAUAUGAUGGGCAUGGGGUGCCCGAGUUUGGGCGGCUGCAGGGAUCAAGGUGUGUCCGGCGGGGGGGGCAGUGGCGGCAGCAGUCUGGGCGGCUGCAUGUCCAUGGGACCAGUGGGGCCGCGACGUUUUGACAGGGGCCCGUGCUCCGUGUACGACCCCCUGUUCGAGAGCGGCCUGUUUGAAGCCGGCGUCUUCGAGGCCCCUGUGGACCACACGGCCCUGCAGCUCAAGAGGCGCAGGCUGGAGGGGCUGCGUCUGGCGGACGGUGGCAGCGCGGCCCACUACGAGCUAGGAGUCCAGGCUGCCCUCGCCCCCCGCCCCCUGGAGUACAGGUUUCUGGAGGAGGAGAAUGCGCUGCUGAGGAAGAGAGUGGAGGAGCUGAAAAAACAGGUCUCAAACCUCAUUGCCACCAACGAAGUUCUGUUGGAGCAAAACGCCCAGUUCCGCAGCCAGACCAAGGUGCUGACACUGUCCUCCACCCCCACGCCCUCCGAGCAGAGCCUGGCGCCCCCGGUGGGCUCCGUCAGCUCCUACAACCACGGCAUCGCACAGACCCACACUACGCUGAGCAGCGCAGGCCUGCAGCCGCGCCCCGUCACCCAGCAGGACCUGGUGGCCCCGGCGGGGGCCCCCACCGCGCCUCCGUCCAAUGCCGCCCCGCCUACCGCGCCCCACCUCAACCCCGAAAUCACCCCGCUCUCCGCAGCCUUGGCCCAGACUAUAGCCCAGGGCAUGGCCCCGCCGGUGUCCAUGGCCCCCGUAGCCGUGUCUGUGGCCCCUGUGGCGGUGUCCAUGGCCCAGCCCCUGCCUGGCAUCACCAUGAGUCAUGCCACCACCCCCAUGGUCUCGUACCCCAUCGCCAGCCAGAGCAUGAGAAUCACCACCAUCCCUCACUGAUGGACCACUGCGACGAGCCCCCGGGGGGGGGGGGGGACAGUUGCUAGGUGAAGCCCCUCCCAGGGUGGUAUAGCUGAUGUGUCCAGACUUAUGCCAGAGCAGCCUGACUGCUUCCCCAUUCUAAGGGAUUCUGGACCAGUGGCACCAGAACGGCGACUGAAGCAGAUUUAAACAAAAAGGAGGCCGGAAGUGGCGCUUCAGCGAGCGAUGGAUCCUUUUAAUGUGUAUUUUUUUUUGUUUCGUUUUAUUGUUGAUUUGCUCUAAAACAGGGAGUUUUGCACAGACGCGAAAUAACCACAUGGACAUUCUCGCUUGCUGAUAUUGAUAUUGUUUGGUAGCAGGUUCAGUUUUACCCAAUGAUGUAUAAAAAGAUCACAGACUUUUGUCAUGUGGCAAUAAGUUGAUGAAAAGUCUCUAUUGUGAGGCUGCUGUAUUUCUUGAAAACACGAGUUUUUCAUACUUAAA